ACAUACAUUUCACUUUUUUUGAAGGCUUCUAUCUCAAGAUCAGUACCUAUGCCACUGUCAAACAUUUCUGUGCCAAAAUCAACAAUCUCACGUGUGCCGUACAGUGUAGAAGGAAUAAGUCCCGAAUUAGAAAAAGUGUUUAUCAGAGAUAACAGUGGAAAGGAGGAAGUAUCAAAGCCGUUGGAUAUUCCUGAUGGUCGGAGAGCACCCUUACCUGCUCACUAUCGUAGCAGUAGCACUCGAAGCAUUGAUACACAAACACCGUCAGUCCAGGAACGCAGUAGCAGCUGUAGCAGCCAUUCUCCAUGCAUUUCUCCUAUUUGUCGUCCUGAAUCUCAGGAUGGGAGUCCUUGUUCUACAGAAGACGUGCUUUAUGACCGUGAUAAAGACAGUGGGAGUAGCUCACCUUUGCCCAAGUAUGCCUCCUCUCCUAAGCCCAACAACAGCUACAUGUUCAAACGAGAGCCCCCAGAGGGAUGUGAACGAGUGAAGGUCUUUGAGGAAGUGUCAACUCGUCAGCCUGUCUCAACCCCUCUCUUUUCAUGUCCUGACAAAAAUAAAGUUAAUUUCAUCCCAACUGGAUCAGCUUUCUGUCCUGUAAAACUUUUGGGUCCUUUACUACCUUCUUCUGAUCUGACUCUCAAAGGCUGUCCAAACUCUAGUCAAAGCACACCUCUGAGUACUCUGACUGUGGAGCAGCUGUCUUCUCGGGUUACUUUCUCUUCCCUGUUGGAUGACACCAGCACAAGGGACUCUUCAGAGAUUUUAGUACAACAGCCACCCCAGCAAUCUCCACAGCUUUUGCAAGAACCGCAAGCUGAAGACCACUCCCCUCCUCAAAACUAUGUUAUAAUCUAGUGCAAAAUAGACUGUUGGUCUAAAACACAACUGCAUGAGUGGCCACUUUUCAAGGGAAAAAAAAGCUGUUUUUCAGCAUCUUUCUAUAUUUCAAAGCUCUUCUUGGCAGGGAUGGAAAUGCUCUGAUUCAGCAUUUUUGUAUUGGGAGGGGGAGCAAAAUGCUUGCAGAAUCUAUAUACCAUUUAGCAUUUUAAGUGGAGACUAUGCAUUUCAUAGAAUGACCAGAGUAGUACUGUGUCCUGUGUUUUCUUUUUAAAAUUCUACAGUAUAAAUAAGCUCUGUAUCAAACAAAGGUUGCCUGUCUAAAUAGAAAAUGUCUUGCUGUGUUGUGUUCUAUAGAAGAUACUGUACUUCAGGAUUAUGUUUACAAUUUAUCCAGGUAUUUAUGUUUUAAACUUCUGUGAUACAUACAAUGCAAAAAAAAAAAAAAAGAAAGAAAAAAACUCAAAAGAAAAAUGGCCACAACAGUUGCACAGUGCCCGUUCAAGGGCAUAGCUUCAGGUACUUCUCUCGAAGUCUAAACUCAGGUAUCUUGGAAUGUAUAUCAUACUGGGAUAUAAAAUAUUUUACAGCUAAAAAGCUAAAGAGGGAUCAUCACUCUUCUGCCUUUUUAUUGUUUUAUGCAUUAAUAGUUCCUCAUUACAUUCCACUUAUUAUGGGGAAAAUACAUUCAGAUCCAGGGAAUUUGUACUCUGGUGAACAUGAGGAAAGCCAGCAAAUUUGUGAUGUACAGCAUCACUUCAUGUCAUUACAAGUAAAACAACUGUGGCAUUUCAUUUCAUUGUGACAAUUAUGGCAUUGAAAAGCUUCAGGUGUUGCACAGUUAAUGACUGUUAAGCUGUUCUGAAUAAAGUGUUUGGUAUGACACUGUACAUAAGCAACAUUCCAUGGUGUGUGUGAGAGAGAAAGAGAGAGACAGAGGGAUGCCUAACAAAGGCAGGAAUGCUUUUGUUGAUUUCCACAAAUUUUCUGCGUUUGGGAGGUUGAUAGGAAUUUUCUCUCAAGCUUAUGUGGUGAGUUAAGGUUGUGAAAUGCUACUGUUACAAUAUUAAAGGAGUCUAAUUAAUGUUUAGUUUAUCUUUUGGUUAAAUACUAACUUGUGUCUUCAUUGCAAAAAGAUUCUGAAUUCUUUUGACAAGCAAUGAAUGAUAAUCUGUUUUAUCUAUGAAAUGUAUACUGCACCUGGAUUAAGAAAAGUCUAUUAAACAGCAUAUAAUGUAUUUUAAAAAGAAAAAAGGAUAGGGAAAAAAAGCAAUAGUUGUUAAGUUAUAUUAUCUAUUCAAAGUCUUUGUAGUGUCCUAGUAAAUUUAUUUUACAUUAGAUAGGCUAUGCUGGAGUUUGUCUUCAAAAUAGCUGCACACCCAUGGAACAUCCAGCAUAGAUUUUUCCCUCCUCUGAAACUGCAAAAGCAGUGGUUUUGGAGAUAAUGGGCAAUAGAAAGAGGACUCCAAGGCAAGAAGCAUUUAAUAUUCCUGUGUCUGUGUUUUUGGCUUUAUGCGAGUAGCUUUAUGUAAAGUUUGACUCUUCUGUUCAGAAAGGGAAAAAAGAUUGAUUUGACUGCAGCUUCUGUAUUUAUGCCCAUUUGAUUAUUUUCUUUUGAGGACAACUUGGGGCAAGAAAAAAGGGGAUAAUAAAUAGGCCUCAAUGAAGGUACUUAAGAAAAGACAUGGAAAAUAAGUAGCUGCUACAUGUUGUCUUAUGGCUUCCUUUGUAUUAUUACCAAAGAGUUUGGUAAAGAAAAAAAAACUGUUAGGGAGGGUAGAGCAGUGGCAUUUGUACAGUUGUAUGGCUGUAGAAGCAAGCUGAGUGAAAGUUAAAGAUUAGUUACAGGUUUUUUUGGUCUGUUUUUUCCUUUUGGGAAAAGGCAUCUAUCUAUAAUCCUACUAAACUCAGGCUUUGGUGAAAGUGCUAUAUAAUUUUUGUGUUAAAGUAUAAGGGAAGAGCAUUCAAUUCUUCUGACAAGUGUGCAUUCUUUAAAGUUUUACUUUUAAGUGUUAAAGUGUAUUUCCAUUUUUAUUCUUGAGUUGUUUCCAAAUGUAACAAUAGCUUGAUUCUUAAUGUUAAGGUUUAUGAAAGCUCUGUCAGAUUAGAUCAAGAAUGAAUUCUGUGUACAAUAUUUACAGUGAUACUGAUUGUUCUGUUUCAUGAGAAACUAAAUAUUAAUUAUCACUUGCAUUUGUUUUUUGCUCAUUCAAACAUUCUGAAUAAAAUAUAUGAAAAUUAA